UCUGAUCAUUGAAAUCUCGUUGGCAAGAUCUGGUAUUUCUGCUACAAGGAGAGCCUCCAACUUUACAACUUCUAAUCUUUUUGUUUGCUUUGGGGAGAUAAAGGAAGGAGGAGACCCAAUUCCCAAGUUACCAAGUUCUCGUCAGAUCUUCCUUUGCAGGGUAGUUGAAACUAAAGCUUUGUGGGGUUGAGUACAAGAAAAUGGGGAGGAAAGGGAACUGGCUUUCUUCCGUAAAGAAGGCUCUCAGCCCAGAACCCAAGGAGAAGAAGGACCAGAGAGCAGAUAAAUCCAAGAAGAAAUGGUUUGGGAAGCACAAAUAUCCAGAUCCUAAUCCUUCCUCUUUAGAAACUGUUCCAGGGCCUUCUCUUGCUCCUCCUGAAGAGGUGAAAACAAUCGAACCUGAUAAUGAACAUCACAAGCAUGUUUACUCUGUUGCAGCCACAACUACCAUGGCUUCCCUCGAUGUUCCUGAGACUGAUGUGGAGGUUGUUGAAAUCACCACUCUGACUCAGUCAACGGGAAAAGCAAAAGAGGAAGCAGCGGCAAUCAAGAUUCAAACAGCAUUCCGAGGUUAUUUGGCAAGGAGGGCAUUACGGGCUUUAAGAGGGCUAGUCAGGUUGCAAUCACUGAUACAAGGGACUGCUGUUAAACGCCAAGCUGCAAACACUCUACGGUGCAUGCAAACUCUUGCUCGUGUGCAGUCUCAGAUCUGUUAUAGGAGGAGCAGGAUGUCUGAGGAGAAUCAGGCUCUCCAGAGACAACUCCUACAGAAACAGGCAAAAGAGCUUGAGCAGUUGAAGAUGGGGGAGGAAUGGGAUGACAGCCUACAAUCAAAAGAACAAAUUGAAGCAGGCCUAUUAAACAAGCAAGGGGCAGCAAUGAGAAGAGAAAGGGCACUGGCUUAUGCAUUUUCUCAUCAGCAAGCGUGGAAGAAUUCUUCAAAGUCCACAAACCUAUUGUUCAUGGAUCCAAGCAACCCCCAUUGGGGUUGGAGCUGGUUGGAACGAUGGAUGGCGGCCCGGCCAUGGGAGGGCCGCAGCACAACAGAUAAAGAACUCAAUAAUGACCAAUCAUCCAUAAAAAGUGGAAGCCGCAGCAUCACUGGAGGAGAAAUCACCAAAGCUUAUGCUCGCCACCUGCUGGAUUCCAGUAAGCCUUCACCAACUGCAAGCCAAAAACCAUACCAUCCUCCUGCCCGUCAGUCCCCUUCUACCCCCCCUUCCAAGGCAGUUUCUUCCUCAUCAGCAGCUGGAAAAUUUAAGCCCGCAGCAAGCCCGAGGGGGAAUCUGUGGGGUCAGGAUGAUGACACAAAGAGCAUGGCCAGCAUGCAGUCGGAGCGGUUUCGGAGGCAUAGCAUUGCAGGGUCAUCAGUGGGAGAUGAUGAGAGUCUGGCAAGCUCCCCAGCGGUUCCAAGUUACAUGGCACCCACCAAGUCAGCUAAGGCCAAGUCACGAUUGCAAAGCCCAUUGGGGUUGGAGAAUAAUGGGACACCGGAAAAGGGCUCAUCAGGAAUCGCAAAGAAACGGCUUUCUUUUCCAGCUUCACCGGCCAGGCCAAGGCGACAUUCAGGUCCACCAAGGGUGGAGAGCAGUACCCUUACAGAAAGCAUUGUGAGCAAUGGAGGGGGGACAGUUAGUUAAUCUCUGAUGGAAGGGAGUUACAGAGAAAGCAGCUACAUGGGCAUAAAGCAAGGAACGAAUAAAAGAGAAAAUCUAUUUAAUUUGUGGAUGGGUCUUCAACUUACAUGUCAAAAGCUAUUAUUUACUUCUUGGGUAAACAUCCUGUCUCCUUUUGCUAUUUAUUCGGGUCUUAAAAGAUUGUGAUAGUUGGUGAAUCAUUUUAGAAAACCCAGUUCUUCCUCGGUCAUUAUUCUCUGCAGAAGCAACACUUGGUCCUUCUGUCUCAUUUCUUUAUUCCUUUGUAUGCAAGAAACACACUUUGUUGUAAUAUUGUAAUGGAUAUUCAAUUUCUUAUUUAUGGUUUGUUUACAGUUUGCCACUCUCCUC